AAAACGCAGUGUUUUCUUGCUGUUUUCGCUAGUACUUUUGAGACAUAGCCUCCAGCCACGAUCGUCAAGUUGAUAUUCGCGAUGCUUAUAUAACAUAUAGCAACACCACACCAUGCAAUGAAAGUGAAAGGUACGUCUAUGACUACAAUUUUCUAUCAUCAAGUUCAUUACAUGGCCAUCUGAAUUUGUUCGUGGUUAUUCAAUCGAGGCAGACAGUGAUUAGUAUACUUCUCUUUGUCAGUUUCAUUCUCUACUUUAUCAACUAAAUAUUGUUACAGAUAUUCAGUGAUUUACUAGUAUAAACAGCUCUGAUAAGGCGCAGUAUAGGCUAUAAUAAUUGUGCAACGAUGCAUACCUGAGUGCCAGUUGUAUUUUUGUGUGAGAAAAAAAUGGGUGUUGGCGUACCUGAGAUCAAGAAAUUGGAUGAACUGAUCAGAGACGUGGUAGGCAGUGAUAAAAAAAUUAAAGAUGUCGAGGUUUCUAGAUUAACUGGCCCUGGUGAGAACUAUGGAAGUUGCAUGUUGAAGGUAGACAUUACUCUGGAAAGGAAGUCGGAUGGCUAUGUUGAACUACUACACACUGUUGCCAAACUUAUUCCAGAACUGGAGUUUUUCAGAAAAGUGUUUAAAAUCCAUAUUACAGUGAAGGCGGAAAUAGCCUUCUAUGACGUGAUCGUACCAACCUUGCAAGACUUCCAAAGAGAACAUGGUAUCACAAACGUCAUUGACUGUUUUCCUAAGCUAUAUGCCGCAAGACUGAACUUGAAGGCAGACCUAGAUGAUGUUGACGAGGAUUCAGUAUUACUUUUUGAAAACUUGGCUACUAAAGGGUUCAAAAAUAUCAAUAGAUUGGAAGGCUUCGACUUGGAUGGCGCAAAGCUGGUUCUCAAAGACCUGGCAAGCCUUCAUGCCGUUCCUUUAGCCCUCAGACUCCAGAAGCCUAACAUAUUUGAAGAAAAAGUGAAAGCGUAUUUCCACAUUCACGAACCAAGCCCACCUCCGAACGACCCUGACAGUCCAAAACCGGAAGAUGUUUUCUUGGAAAUUUGCAAGGAUUUCGGAGAAUGUGCACCAUAUAUAUCGGAAGUAGAAAAGAUAUUGACGCAUUUCAAGGAAAAUCCAGGGUACUUGUGGAAAAGCAAGCCACCUAGUGAGACCUGGGCCACACUGUCGCAUGGUGAUAUGUGGGUGAACAAUACCAUGCAACGAUUCGACGAAGGCAAGAUUGUGGAAAAUAAAUUUGUAGAUUUCCAGAUGUACAAGUCUGACACACCAGUAAAAGACUUGCAAUUUUUCCUGUGGACCAGCUGUCGAUUAGAAGUAUUGCAGACUCAUCUAGAGGAUCUUUUGAAACAUUAUCACGGUUGUUUUGUCAAGAUUCUAGAAGAAUUGGGUUGUAACAUAAGGCCCUACAGCUACGAAAGGUUCACCUGUGAAGCGGAAAAAUUCGCAGCCAUUACAGCUUUCCGAGCGAUGUUUUUUAGCAUGUUUGUUGUGCAAGCUAAGAAGAAGGAAACUGCUGAUAUAGAAAGUAUGACAUCUUUACGUAUCAAGAAAGAAGACGUCAAUCCUUUGCUGAUGAAGAAAAUUGCUUGUGCGAUAAGUUAUUACGGGAAAAAGGAUUUAUUAAAGAUCCAAUGUCAGUGAGAACGUUGUAACUAAAAUGCAUUUAGGUUCUAAACACACGCUGCUUCUUGACUAAUUCUUUGUUAAUUUAGAAUGGGAGAAGUAACUCAAAGACAGACAUUCUAGGGGCAUUUAAUUGUAGGUAUACUAAAAAAUGUUACCGGCAAGGUGCAGCUAUACAUUUUGGACAAAAAGAUAAACAUCAUCGGACAGGUAGUGGACUCUGUUAUAAGGUGAUCUGAGCCCUGCCAAUGGUGCAAAUAUUUCGCUGUCAUCAUUUGUCAGAUCCUCGAAGACUAGAGAUAGGAGGCUAAACUCACAGAGUGAAGGUUAUGCUAAUAGUGUCGACGACAAAGUAAGUACACUGAGCAGAAAAUGAAUGUUAGAUUCUGCGCAUGUGGCAUCUCUCUCACAUGUACACUGCGCAGAAAAUUAAUUUUAAACUCGGUGCAUGUGGCAUCUCUCACUGUCGCAUGACUGUAAACCACGGAGCAGACGCUCUGCGACAUAUUCUACACGCCAUAGAUUUCCGAGAGCGAAGCCCUCCUUGGCGAAAAGAUUUACUUCAUACGAACACGUGCAUCCCUUACGCGGUUUCACGUCUUAUCUCUAUUCUUCGUAGUCAGAUCGAAAGAGAAUUUUCAGCUUUAACUUUAAAUUGUUCUUAACCUCAAAUCGAUUAAUUGUGUGUCAUUUCCAAUGAUAUCCAUUUAUUUUUACACUGCACGUAUCAAGCACAGACAUGCUGGACCGACAUCCGCCAGAUGGCGCUUUGUAUGAAUGGAGAGAAUACUAUUAUCACUGAAUUAAGCAAAAAUUUAAGCGACGCUAACGUAUGUUUCGUACCAUCAAUCAGGAUCAUUACUGUGAUUUACUUUGGAUUAACUUGUGAAUCGUGGCCGUUACGUUAUUAAAUAUAAUAUUGCAGUACAAUUUGAAUAUCCGACCAUGUAAACGGCCAUGGUUUCCCUGACAAUCAGUCUCUCCUACUACUGCAAAUAUUUGCAUUAAAAUAAUAUAAGGAAGCUAUCGAGUAUUUUAUUUUUCAUGAAACACCUUUCACCUAUACCAAUUUAAAUGGCUGCACAAUAACAUCGAGCUGGACCGACGCACAAACGAUUCGAGCAGGCAGUCACACCAUUCAGUACUAUGCAUGUUAAGGACCGCCUAAUGUAGUUUUAUCAUCUAUAAAAAUCAAAGGGUGUAGUGAUGUAGAGAUUGUGGAAGAAUCUACAAGGGGAAGCUUUUCCCAGUUCAAAAAUCGGAUUAACUACAUUUCUUUUAAUUCCUCAUAUCAGCCGCAGUGUCCUGGCAUUUAGGUUUCUGCAUGCGUGGCUGCUUAUGCGUAAAAAUGGUUUAAAUGUCCCCAGCUCUUUAGGUAGAAGUCUUGCACAAAUUAUAGCAGCAAAAACUAUAGUUAUUCGUUAUCCUCUAUCAGAGUGACUCGUAGAACCUUUGAAAGUUCCGAGUUCUGACUGGUCUGAGAGUUCAGAUUCUAGUUUUAUGGAUGUUAGUUAAUUGGAGAUGGAAAGUGAUCAAAUUCAAGUUAUUCGGAUUCACAAUAUAUUUUUAUGUUGUUAUCUUUGUUAAUACAAGUGGAGUCGACGCUAAAUUUUAUGAUAAGAUAAAAUCAUAUACAUAUAAACAAUUACUCUGAUUGUCUGUUACCCAUUGUUAAUUUUGCUGGUGUCCCUGAGAUGAGUGACACAAUACCUGAGAUAAAAAAAAUAGACGAACUAGUCGAGCAUGUUAUAGAAAGUGAUAAAAAAGUUAAAGAUGUGGAGGUUUCAAGAUUAACAAGUCCUGGUGAAAACUAUGGUAGUUGCAUGUUGAAGGUGGACAUUACUUUGGAAAGGAAGUCAGAUAGUUCUACUGAGCUACUGCACACUGUUGCCAAAUUGAUUCCAGAAGUGGAAUUCCUCCGUGAGGCUUUUCAAGUUCAGAAGACGGUGAAGACUGAAAUUGCCUUUUACGAUAAAGUUGUACCAAGCCUGCAAGACUUUCAAAGGGAAUAUGGCAUUGCAAACGUUAUCGACUGUUUUCCCAAACUAUAUGCUUCUAGACUAAACCUGAAGGAAGACUCAGAUGAAGUGGAUGAGGAUGCAGUAUUACUUUUUGAAAAUUUGUCAGUUAAAGGCUUCAAAAACAUCAACCGAAUCGAGGGUUUCGACUUGGAGGGAGCGAAGAUCGUCCUCAAAGACCUGGCAGGUCUUCAUGCUGUUCCUUUAGCUCUCAGACUCCAGAAGCCUCACGUUUACGAAGAAAAUGUCAAAAAGUUCUUCCACGCUCGAGAGCUACCUCAACCUCCAAAAAAUGAACCUGACGGUCCCAAACCUGAAGACACUUUCUUGGAAAUCUGCAAGGAUUCGGAAGAAUGUGCACCAUAUAUGACGGAAGUAGACAAAAUAUUGACGUAUUUUAAGGAACAUCCGCAGGCGUUGCAUAAAACCAUUCCACCGAACAAGAUAUGGGCCACUUUAUCACAUGGUGACAUGUGGGUCAAUAACACUAUGCAACGAUUUGAGGAAGGCAAGAUUCUGGAAAACAAAUUUGUGGAUUUUCAGCUGUAUACGUCAGACACACCAGUCAAAGACCUACUGUUUUUCCUAUGGAGCAGCUGUCAAUUAGGAGUACUACAAGGACACUUGGAGGACCUUUUAAAGUACUAUCAUGCAAGUUUUAUAAAAAUCCUAGAAGAACUGGGAUGCAACGUUACGCCCUACAGUUACGAAAAGUUCAUCCUUGAAGCAGAGCAAGUAGCAGUCCGGACGACAUUCAGAGCAUUGUUUUUCUCGAUGUUUGUCGUACAAGCCAAGAAAAGAGAAGGGGACAUAGGGCACAGGCCGGAAUUGAAUGUUAAAAAAGAAGACGUUAAUCCUUUGUUGCAGAAGAAGAUAGCUUAUGCUAUAAGUUAUUAUGGAAAAAAGAAUCUAUUAAAAGUUGAUCUUUAAUAAAAAGAAAUACAAAAAACCUAGGUCCGACAGACAUAAUUAAUGUUACUCCUGAAACGUGCCG